CCACAGGCAUACCGGCACUCUGUCUCUCCUGCGCAACACCCUACCUGCUUCACAAACUCACAGCUCUGGUGUUGUACCGUCACAGUGUUCUUCUGUUCCUGAUUCCCAGAGAGCCAGCUGAAGAUCUCAUUCACUCGUAAACAUCAUGACUGUGGGGCUCUGAGCCGGCCGGCUUUCUGUGUCAGAUGACAGCUGGAGAGGAGGACCAGCUUGACAGACCAGUUGGACAGAGAUUGCAAACGGGAUCAUAGAGGCUGCCGUGUUUCAGGGGAUCAUUGCCAGCUGAUACACCAGACUUGCAUUUUGGAUAAAGAGUCGCCCUGGACUGCACUGUGGCUGACCGCUGACCCCGAUCUGCAGCCUAACCCCCUUUUGGUUCACCACUGAGCUAAUAGAUCUGGGCCUGAUGUGGAAUUUGACCCCGACUGACCCUUUCCUACAAGUAGCCUUUAACCAAGCCUGAACUGGGAAAUUUGAAGGAUAAAAGAACGAGAGGGGCGACAGAAAAGAAAGGAGGAAGAAAAAGAGAAGUGAGAGCAGCAGAACAGCGACCGCAUGCCGGUGGAGACGCUGCGGCCAUCAGACGGCCAUCUGGCCGGGGUUCCCUUCACCUCCGCCAUGCCCUUCAGGAUACUUAACAAGGGUCCUGACUACUUCCGUCGUCAGGCGGAUCCUGGGGCUCGUAAACUCAGCGCUGUGGAACGUUUGGAGGCAGACAAGGCCAAAUACGUAAAAAGCCAGCAGGUAGCUCUCACCCGCCAGGCCCCCAUCAAACCACCAAUCAUCCGAAAGCCCCUCCUCCCUCCAGGAAUGAUGCUCCAAUACCAGAUCAGCACUCCUCCAGCCCGCAAAGUUCCCAGAUGCCCAGCUGAUGUGGAGAACGGAGGAGGAAGAGAGGGCCCUGGAUGGAGGAGAGGACCUGCUCUUAACCUGGAUAUUCUCAAUAAUCUUAUCAAUGAUGUAUGUGAAGGACCAGUGCCAUGCUCUCAGUCCUCUUCCUCCACCUCCCCCUCUUCAUCAUCUCCUUCAUCAGGAGCUAAGAGCAUAGGCAGCAGCCUCUCAGCAGAACAGGAGAGAAGUAACAGACUCCUCAACAACCUCAAACCAGUGAAUCACUCCACCAUCAACUCUUCAUCCACCUCCUCCUGCACCUCGUCUCCGCUCAACAACAACCUCAAGGCUCAGACAGCAGAGCCGGUUCGCCGUCCUCCUCCUGUUCCAGCGCGUGCACCCCGUAUUGGGGUGCAAGCUCUCUAUAAUGGUCCCAACUCAGUGACAGUUCGCAGGGUGGAUGUCCGGCCUCAGGCUGAGAUAAGGAAGCCUCAGAGAGCACAGCUGCAGCCCCCACUCAGACCCAGACAGACUGCCCAAGGCCAGGUCGCUCACCCAAAUGUCCCACCUCCUCCACCCCCUCUGAACAAACCCAAACUUCAGCUCAACAACGCAUCCCAAACCCUGCCCCCUCCUCCGGCCUACCCACCUCCCAGUCCCUUGUUGGUCCGAGCUGGCAUGAUCCCUCCAGCCUCCCCUGCUUUCACCCGGAUAUCAAACGCCAGCUCCAAGGGAUCUCGUAAGCACCCAUCCUUGCACCGCUCCAAAUCGGACCUUAGCGACCGUUACUCUCGCGCAACAGCUGACCUGGAACGCUUCUUCAACUACUGCGGGCUGGACCCGGAUGAGGUGGAGGGCAUGGGUGGAGUGGAGCUCUUUACAAGAGCCAACUCAGACAUUGUGUCCGUGUCCAAGCUCCGCAGUGUCAGUACGCCAAGCUCGGAGGCUGACAGGAUGAGGGAGGACGGAGGAGAGGAGGAUGACGAGGAAUCGCCAGCUAGAGCCAACGAGCGUGUUCCCUACGGUAUCUCGGUCAUCGAGAGGAACGCACGAGUCAUCAAGUGGCUGUACGGGAUCCGACAGGCGCGGGAUACGAGUAACGCCGUCUCCAACGUAUAGACUAACAAAGACUUGAAAAGACUUGCAUCAAAAACAGGGAAGCACUACUUUUUGUACGUCUGAAGGAGGGGAGCCCAUCUGUCCAUGUUCUGCUGCCUUACAUCACAUUGUUAUGGAAAUUACACAUCAGUGAUUUUAAUCCGGGCUGCAGGUCAGGACUGCUUCCCUGCUGGACUGAAUGGACGAUACGUUUCCCUUCACUUUAUCUUUCUAACAAUAUUGGUAUACGAAAGCAAUAAUAGACUGGUAUAUAUGAUGAUGGUGAGAAUGAAGGCAAAGGAUGCUUGUGAUUUUCUUCCUCAUGUAAAGGUACUUAGUGUGUGUGUGUGUGUGUGUGUGUGUGUAUUUGUGUGUGUGUGUGUGUGUGUGUGUGUACCAGAGAUCCUAGCAGAGUGGCUACAAACUGUGAGAGUCUCUGGUGCUGCACAGUGUGAACAAGCUACGAAGAGAACCACGUUGAUACUGUGAAACUUCACAUCAAACUUUCAUAAACACAUUUGUAUUUUAAAGAAAUCUCUCGGCUGUAGGACUGUUAAUAUACAUAUUUAUGUCAGCAUGCACGUGAACCGUUUUUAUACAUUAACUUUAGGGUUUGUCAUCUGAUAAAAAAGCACAGACAUCACUCUCACGAAGAUAAUCACUUCACAACACAGAUGCACAUUCAGGUCAAGUACAGUAAACAUGGCAGCAGCUGCACUUAGUGCUGUCUGUAUAUCUUUCUUUAACAAUGUCUAGUUCUGUGUUUGCACCAGAAAUAAGGUCACGUCUUGGAUUAUGCUACACUAGUUGCAGCAAAAGAAAUCUGUUUACUGUGUAUGUCUUGGCACGGAGGAGAGAGUAAGCCAUAUGAUAACAGAGGAUCUUAUGAGUGGGUGGUUGAAGUAAGUGUAGUAUGGAAAAGUUAUUUGCCUCCACGGACACUACCAGUCAAAAGUGUGGACACACCUUCUCAUUCAAUGGUUUUUAUUUAUUUGAAUUAUUUUCAACAUUGUAGAUUAAUACUGAAGACAUCAAAACUAUGAAAUAAUCUGGUUUUGCCAUAAUCUGGAUUACAACAGGAGUCAAAUAGGGCUAUCCAUUGUGUACUAACCCUACCUCUGAACAACACAACUGAUGGUCUCAAACACAUUAAGAAGGCAAGUCAUUCUACAAAUGAACUCUUGACAAGGCUCAUGUUAAUUAGAAACCAUUCCAGGAGACCACUUCAUGAAGCAGACUGAGAGAAUACCAAGAGUGUGCAAAGCUGUCAUGAAGGAUAAAGGGGGCUACUUUACAGAAUCUAAAAUAUAAAACAUAUUCUGCUUUGUUUAACACUUUUUUGUUCAUUCAAUAAUUCCAUAUAUGUUCUUUUAUAGUGUUGAUGUCUUCAGUAUUAAUCUACAGUGUUUACAAUAAUUAAAAUAAAUACAAACCCUUGAAUGAGAAGGUUUCCAAACUUUUGACUGGUAGUGUAUAUAGAAAUCAAAGAAGGACAGAAAAGAGUGUACUCAUGGACAGAGAAAUGAUAUCUAUGCUGAAUAAGUACUGUAUGUCUGCGGUUCUGAACGUGUCUCAGGAAGAUGUACUCGCUGAAAUGAAAAAGGACCAAUUCGGAAAAUGUUUUUUAUAAUGUCAGAUAACUCUGUGUACAGAAUUAAAUCUUUACUCUUAAGUGCAAUCUGGUCAUAUCUACUACAGAUACAGUAAAUGUGGACUAUUGUGUAUUUAUUUAACUUCUUGUUUGUAACAGCAGGAGCAAGAGAGUUGAUCUGCCUUCCUUGUACACGUUCUCUACCCUGCAUCUCCGCUCUUUGACUUCAGGGUAUCCAGAAUGAGCACCAGCUAGUGUUUCCUCUUAUACCUACCACAGGUAGAGCUUUGCAGAGUGUCAGUUAGAUCAGGGCUGGAGAACAUGUCAGGUGUGAACAAAGUGUGCAGUUAAACCCGGCACUGGUUGCCCAAAGAGUCUUCAAGCGAGAGGUCCAAAAUGCUUUACUAUGGUGAAUUCUUAACAGUUAAUAAAAAAUGUUAGACUA